AUGGUGUUCGCGUGGAAAGCCGCAGGUCUCACCUACAACCGCUACCUAGCCGUCGCAUCCCGCGUCGUGCGCCGAAGCCUGAAGGACGACAAGAGACUGAUCGCCGAGCGACGCGGAGAGAUGGACCUGAGAUUCGCCAAGUGGGAGAACGGCAAGAUGGGCGAACCCAAGAACCUGGCCGAUGCCAACGCUGCCUCGAUGGCCAAAGCUGCCGAAAGCGGCGGUUCCUCGUAA